AAGCGAGAGGACGUGCAGCGAGUCUGGUGUUGGAGGCGCGUCCAUUCGGUGAGUGGUCAGUGUUGGGCUGAAUGGAGUCCAAUUGAAAUGGCCACCUCUAGUCGGUAUGUACAAAGUAAAUCCCAGGGGCAAGAUCGGUUUGAUUACCUCCAAGCCCUUGUUACUGAAUUUCAAGAUACUGACAGUCAAGAGUCAAAGGAGCAAGUUCUGGCAAACCUGGCUAAUUUUGCUUAUGAUCCCAGUAACUAUCAGUAUCUUCGACAGCUGCAAGUCAUUGACCUUUUCCUAGACAUGCUCACAGAAGAAAAUGAAAGAUUUGUAGAAUUUGGAAUAGGUGGUCUCUGUAACUUGUGCCUUGACAAACAGAACAAGGAAUAUAUUUUACAGAACAAUGGAGUUCAGGGAGUGCUGGACUGCUUAUCCAGCUCUAAUGAGGACACUGUGCUAUCUGCAAUUACCACUUUAAUGUACUUGGUGACUCCUUUGUCCCGAGAAGAAAUAACAGCAAUGCCGGUUAUUCAGUGUAUGCUACGAUUUUCUCUGAGCAAAAACAAACGUCUAAGUAAUUUAGCAACCCUGUUUCUAGAAGACAUCUGCUCCUCAGAAGAAGUAGAAAAGGCCAGAAAUCUGCAAAAUCACACGGCUUUAGGAAUACCACUUCCAAAAGAAUAGGCUCAGAAAAUUCUGAUGCUUCUGGGAAGGAGCAUAUGGACUCGUCACAGUGUGAAGCAAUGUCAUCACAAAAAUUGCACAUGGAUUCCGUGUUCCAUCUGAAUUGUUCAGUAUCUCAAUAGUUUACGGUAUAAUGUCCCAUUAUGGGUGCCAUACUGUUAAAAUUUAAAUUGAGAGUCUUGUUCCUUUUGCAAAGAUUCCAUAACAUUACUUUGAAGAAGGGCAGGAGCGUUUUCUCCGGUGCCCUGGCCAAUAUUUAUUCCUUAGUCAUCUUUUACUAAAAAUUAUUAUAUUGUGAUUUGCAGAAGUUUGUUGUUUAUAAAUUGGCUGUCACAUUUUCUACAUUUUUAACAGUGACAGUACUUCAGAAGUACAUCAUUGUCUGCCUGAUUUGGGAUCUCUGAAAAGAGUUUGAAAGGUGAUUCAAAGUCCUGUAUUACAAUAAGAAUGCUCCAUUAUCUUUUAUUGUGGGUUGCAAUUUAUUUUCAAUCCCCAUCCUCCACGUGAUGAUGAUGUUGCUGAAGAACCUGUUGCAUGAGUUGGCAUAUUUAAGCUGACAGUGAAUGCGAUAUUGCUGGAGGUGUCAUCUUUCAGCUGAGAUAUUAAAACUUGAUCCUGUUCAGAUAAUUAAACAUUUCUCCCAGUGUCUUAUUCAAUCACUGUCUCAACAAAGAAUGUACACAAAAAAAAGGUUUAAUUGGUCAUUCAUGACCUUGCUGUUUUUGGCUCAGAUGCUUCUCCAUUUGUUAUAUUCAAACUGUUAUACUCCAUAAGUAACUCACUAUGGGAUACUGACAUAUCAGUAGUACUAGGCGAGUACAAGUUGUGCUAAAGAUGAAUAAAACAAAUAGUUCCUAUUGUGGUAUGUUGAAGUUGGUGUUACAAUCUUGUCACAAGUUUGAACUGCAAAUGAUCAGUCAAAUAUGUCAAGGACAGUACCAGAUAAAAAUAGUAAGAUUUGCAAAGUUGUAUGUUUUUUAUAUGUAACUAAUGAUGGCAUUAUGCAGCUGCCUUUGGUCUUCCUCGGUGGCAGGGUUUACAGUUGCUAUCCCAUUGUUUGGAAAGCCUGAUGGUUCGGCAUCUGGUUCACUUAGGCCCCAUUCCCAUGCUCCCUUUAAACACACUAAUGCCCUGUCUCCACAUUUCCUUUGAACUCACCAGGUUUUGUUUCCUGUGCUCCCUUUAAACUCACCGGUUCUCUGAUUUAUUACUGUGUAACAAAUAUUUUUUAAAAUGAAUUUGUAUAUUUAUAGGAGUAAUAACCGACAGUCUAAAACAAAAUCUGCCAGUCCAGUAGCACCAAAGCUUCGAGGGUGCUGAAUAUUUCUGAGUCCAGUGGGAUGGUGAUGGGUUUGGAGCUCCUUCCGCUUCUAAACCGCUGGGGGCUGCUGUUUUAGCAGAAAGUGAUAUGGACACCGCUGUCCUUUGACUGCAGCAGAGGGUUUGAAAGGUGUUUCAAAGUCCUUUAUCACAAUAAGAAUACUCCAUUGUCUUUUAUUGAUUGACCACAGUUUAUUUUCGAUCCCCAUCCAUCACAUGGUGGUGAUGAUGAUGAUGGUGAGCAAAAUGUGACCGUCCGAGUUGUUGGAGCCGAGCCAGCGGUGCCC